AUGCCUUCCUCCAACUCCUCUCCCCUGCGCCAUCGGUUUAUUUCAGCUCCGGCUGUCAAUGUCCUCCUAUUCCUGAUCGGCUUCCGUCUCGUGAAUGCGCUCACCAUCCGCACCUUUUUCCAACCAGAUGAAUUCUUCCAAUCCCUUGAACCGGCUUGGCAGGUUGCUUUUGGGAAAGACCAGGGGGCCUGGCUAACGUGGGAAUGGCAACACCAACUUCGAUCCUCACUACAUCCACUCCUCUUCGCUGCAAUAUACAAAAUCACUGAUUAUAUGUCCUCCAUUCUUUCUCUUCCUUCUGCGAGGCGUGCAGAGCUAUUGAUCGCUAGUCCGAAAACCGCGCAGGCUGUGCUAUCGGCCACUAGUGAUUUUUAUACUUGGAAACUUGCGAGACGUAUCUAUGGCGAAGAUUCUCAUGGCGCAUGGGCAACAUUAAUCGCCACGAUUAUUAGUCCCUGGCAAUGGUUCUGCUCAACAAGAACCCUGUCGAAUUGCCUGGAAACAACAUUGACCAUUGUCGCGAUGGGCUUGUGGCCAUGGCAGUGGUCGGCUAACUCCAUAGUCCAGAAUCUUCAUAAUAAGGCUGAUGAUGAGAAAGCCGAAGCUAAUAAUCCUCAGCUCCUACGGAGUCUUCGUCAAUGUCUGUCGCUGGCGGCAGUUGCCUGUAUUCUCCGCCCAACUAAUAUCAUAAUUUGGCUGGCCUUAGCCGGAAUCGCUGGGCUUCGAGGUUCUUGGGAUCAGCGCAAAUGUCUCGUGCGUGAGGUUCUGUUCUGCGGAUCCACGAUCUUGAUAGCUUCGGCUAUUGCAGAUCGUUUCUUUUACGGGUUCUGGACAUUCCCUCCGCUGCGCUUUCUAUACUUCAAUAUCGCCCAGUCUCUGGCAGUAUUCUACGGGCGUAAUAACUGGCAUUACUACGUCACGGAAGGCUAUCCACUACUCCUCACCACUCUAAUUCCGUUCGCUAUUCCAGGUCUGUAUCUCGCAUUGACUACUCGGCAGUCCCCAGCUUCCAAUCGAGUGCAGACUAAUAUCAGAGUGCAAUUGGCAAUGAUUUGCAUCUUGAUGCCGUUUGUACUAUCCUUUAUCUCCCAUAAGGAAGUCCGCUUCAUCUACCCUUUAUUACCAUCUCUACAUAUUUUGGCUGCACCUCGUUUGGUGCAAUUCUUCUGGCCAGCUCUCACUUUGAGCUCCCACGCCUAUACUCCGAAGCGGCUGACGCUUCUCUUCCUCAUAUUCGUCAAUGGAGUUAUUGCGUUCUACACCUCUAUAUACCAUGCCUCCGGACCCGUGAAUGUCCUCGAAUACCUUCGCCGUCAGCAUGAAACCCAUCUCCCAUCGUCGAAUAUGGUCACCCCUUCAUCUCCCGUGUCCGCAGCGCCCGAGUCUGGAAUUACAGUUGGAUUUUUGAUGCCUUGUCACAGCACCCCAUGGCGUUCUCACAUGGUCUACCCCUCUAUCAACGCGUGGGCACUCUCCUGUGAACCCCCAAUUGGUCUCAAUGAGACACAAAAGGCCGCCUAUUGCGAUGAAGCCGACCAGUUUUACAAUGACCCAGAUGGCUUUUUACGCCAAAACAUGGUUGGCGGACUUCGCCACCUACCACGCCGACCAAGCUAUGUGACUGGAUCUCGAUCCCUGACUAGCUCUCCUGACAGUUUAACGCUUCAUGAGUGGCCUGAUUACCUGGUAUUUUUCGCCCAGCUCGAGCCCACUAUGCAUCAGCUCAUUCGAUUCUCUUCUUAUCGAGAAUGUUGGCGCACGUGGAACACCGCUUGGCAUGACGACUGGCGCCGCCGCGGGGAUAUUGUGGUCUGGUGUCUGGACCCCGCCGAGCAAGAUGCAUGGCGAUCGCAAACGCAACGUCGUGUGCAGGAAAACCGAGAUCGCCAGUUCGAUCGUAUUAUAACCGCAAUCAAACAAAACGCGAAUACCCAACCAAAGCGUGAAUGGAAGUCUCUUAUCACAGGUUCUCUUCCGUGGUCUCCACCGCAUUCCCCUUUUUCAUUUGCGUCGCUGCAGCGCACUGCUCAGUCACUUUUCACACGCCUGUCCCCAAGUCCUUGGCCAUGGGGCAAACGCUCUCGUAUGGAUGCUUUCUUAGCAAACUUCCGGCGCCAAAGCACUGCUUACCAAGCUCUGAUUCCGUCUUGGUCUUCCUGUUCCUGGUCCUGGCCGGAAUGGCUGGGUGGUCCAGUUAAUAGAAAAAUUAGUAAACGAGAGCGUGAGCUAUGGUCAUGA